AUGGCCCCGGAUGAGCCACAGACACCGCACAGCGGGGUGACGCCGCUGAAGACGAAGGGUGAAAUCGAUGAAGUGCGUCUGGAAGCUGCUCUAGGUCACAAGCAGGAGCUGAAUAGACAUUUUGGAUUGUGGAGUUUGACUAGUCUGGGCAUUGUGAUUGCAAACUCUUGGGCAUCUACGGGAGGAACAAUCGUCGCAGCUCUGCACAAUGGCGGGCCCAUGGCUAUCAUAUACGGCCUCAUCCUCGUGAGCGUUUUCUAUACGGCCAUCUCCGCGUCGCUAGCCGAGCUCGCCUCAUCAAUGCCUUCCGCCGGGGGGGUUUAUUAUUGGUCAUCAGUCCUGAGCCGAAACCGCGGACGAGGUGCAGGUUUCUUCACGGGGUACUUGAACGCCUGUGCGUGGUUGCUCUCAGCGUCAUCGAUGAGUUCCAUGCUAGGAAAUGAGGCCGUAGCCAUGUAUCUGCUGAAGAACCCAACGAAAGCGGAUUGGCAUUCAUGGCAAGUCUUUAUCGUUUUCCAGCUGGUCAACUGGAUUUGCUGUGCCAUUGUUUGCUUUGGGAAUAGACUGAUUCCCCUCCUCAACCGGAUUGCCUUAAUUCUAUCGAUGUGCGGGCUUGUGACCACAGUGGUUGUUCUGACCGUCAUGCCGAGAACCCAUGCAAGCAAUGCACAAGUCUGGACGGAAUAUCAUAACAAGACAGGCGGCUGGUCAGACGGUGUCUGCUUCAUGACCGGUCUUCUGAAUGCAGCAUUUGCUGUCGGGGUACCGGAUUGUAUCAGCCACCUCUCUGAGGAGGUUCCAAAGCCCGAAGUCAAAGUUCCCCAAGGCAUAAUGCUCCAAAUGCUCACAGCCUUCACAACAUCCUUUGUCUACCUAAUCGCCCUCUUCUACUCAAUCCAAGAUCUCGACGCCGUCUAUGCAAGCAACAUCGGCGGUUUCCCAACAGCAGAGAUCUACCGCCAAGCAACCGGUUCCAACAAUGGCGCCAUAGGCCUUAUAGCCGUCCUCUUCAUCGCGACAUUCCCAACCCUCAUCGGAACCUUCAUCACCGGCGGCCGAAUGUGGUGGAGUCUGGCCCGUGAUAACGCAACCCCCUUUGCAACCUACUUCGCCCAAGUCCACCCAACCCUCAACUGUCCCGUUCGCGCAACGGUAGCCAUGAGUGGCCUCGUCACCUGCUUGGGUUGUAUAUAUGUCGGCAGCACAACGGCAUUCCAGGCACUGAUUUCAUCGUUCAUUGUCCUCAGCUCACUUUCUUAUUUCGGCGCCAUCCUGCCACAUGUGCUAUCCCGUCGUCAGAAUAUGGUACCAGGCCCUUUCUACAUGGGUCAGAAGCUCGGCAUGAUGGUCAAUAUCGUGGCAUUGAUCUACAUAAUGGUGACAGUUGUGUUCUUUUGUUUCCCGUUCGUCCUCCCAGCGACGGCUCACAACAUGAACUAUACCAGUGUCAUUACAGUCGGGUUGAUGUUUUUGGUUGGGGUGUGGUGGCUUUUCCGAGGUCAUCGAGAAUACCAGGGUCCGCAGUACAGCUUUGAGGCUGCGGAGAGAUUGACUGCCUUCCAGGCUGGGAAGGAAGGGCGGAGGUCCUUUAUUGAUGUUGCGAGUCCGUUGCCCGUUCCUUGUCUUGAAAAGGAUUGUUCGGCAAGAUAA